UGACAAAAUGUGCUCUGUGCUCAUUUUUAUCUCAAUCUUGACAGUGUUGGCACAGUGCCAGAAAAUCCCGAGAUUUGAUGUAUCCAACUCGGAACUUCUCGCAAUGGCUCAAAAACUUCGUCAAGUAGACACAAACCGUGCUCGUCCCGAUCAAAUUAAGCUCAACUAUCAAGGACAUACAGUAACCCGAGAUGAUAGUGAUGCAGCACAAGCGAAACUUUUUUCAAAGGUUGAUACUUCGCUGUUUCGUAAGCCAUCAUAUGAGCUUUAUAUUAAUUUAAUGGACAAUUUCAAUCGACAAACCGGUGUUAUUGAGCCACGUGUUAGCCAAGCUGAAGAGAAAAAUGAAGUUGGAAAGUUUUUGGACUAUGUGUUAGAGUCACGUCCAAUGCAGGAACUAUAUAAUUGGUUUAAAGCUAAAGGUCAUCCAAUCGCCACAAGCCCCCAAGUAUUUCGGUUCUGGAUUGGACAACUUUGGUUUUCACACUACUCAAGAGCUUUGGGACGCCCGGAUACUUCAGGGUUUGAACAUGUUUUUAUUGGAGAAGCAAAAAAUGGUGAAAUCUCUGGAAUGCAUAAUUGGGUUAGAUUCUACGUGUUAGAGAAUAAUCGAACCGAGAAUUUUGAUUAUAAAGGAUUCACUGUAAAAAGAUUCAACAUAAUGGCUGCACUAAAAUUCACAUGGGACGGCCUCUUGAAACGAGCUGGCUCAAUUCUAAUUGGAACAUCUCCAGAAUUUGAUAUGGCUCUGUAUACAAUGUGUUUUUUGUCAAGAAGAGGAAGAGAGACUUGUGAUGUUGAAUUCGACGGAUGUCCACUUCAAAUCACAAGUUUUGAAAUUAUGCAACAGAAUAAGGUGUACAUUGGGAGUAUCUAUCCAACAGCUGGAAGAAUAACUGAUCAGUGUAGAGCUCAAAAUCGAUUCAAUUAAUUGAAACUGUAUAAAUACUAUCGUUUGAUAAAUAUAUAAAUAUUCAUUUUGGAUAAACAAUAUAUUCGUUC